GUCGCUCUGUGUGUCUUUUCCGCUUUUGGACGGCGGUCUUCGCGGAGGAUAAUAGUGCUAGUAAAUCAUCUUUCGGUUAAUUACAGUAGGUCUAAUUGAAGAAGAGAAUUAAAACACAAAGGACGACCAUUCUUUCUCGUUUGACAUUGCCGUUGUUUCGCGGAGUGCGCACUUAGCGGACCUGUUGAGCGUCAUGGGUCAAGCCAUGCUCAUUCUGCCGCUCAUUCUGCUGGUUCUGUCUGCUACAGAGACCUCCACAGCCACACUGAAAAGCGCUAACGAUACAGGUCUCCAGGUCAGGACGUUCUCCGGCUAUUUCAUGACCGUCACAGAUGAGCCCAUCGACUACUUGGACGUACAGGAAGGCAGCGGCUCGGGCUUCGACUCCAAACCCAAGAAGCCACCCGGCCCCCACGAGGAGAAGAGGAAGUUCUACCUGAGCGAAGAAGCCAAGAAGUACCUCAACGGCCCCAUGGUGACCGUCUUCAUCCCCACCAUCUACCUCAUGGUCUUCAUCAUCAGCGUCCCCUUGAACCUCCUGGCCGUCGCCAUGUUCGUGCGGCGAAUCAAACCCAAGAAGCCGGCGGUGAUCUACAUGCUGAACCUCGCCGCCGCUGACCUGCUGUUUGUCCUGCUCCUCCCCUUCCGCAUCUCUUACCAUUACCACGGCAACGACUGGAUUUACGGCUCCGGCCUGUGCCGCGUGGUCACCGCCGCCUUCUACUGCAACAUGUACUGCUCGGUGCUGCUCAUGAUGUGCAUCGCCAUCGACCGCUUCAUGGCCGUGGUGUACCCCAUGGACUCGCUGGUGUGGCGCAGCCCCCGGACGGCCAGCGUGGUGUGCGGCGCCAUGUGGGUGCUGUCGGUGGGCGGGGUGGUGCCCCUGCUGGCCUCGGAGCAGACCAUGCACCUGUCCGACAUGGGCAUCACCACCUGCCACGACGUGCUGGACAUCCACAAGCUGCGCACCUACUACCUCUACUUCUUCCCCGUCUUCUCCGCCGUCUUCUUCUUCGUGCCCUUCAUCUUCACCACCGUCUGCUACGUGCGCAUCGUCCAGGCGCUGUGCGCCGUCAGCAGCGUGCAGCCCAACCGCUCCAAGAAGAAGACGCGCGCCAUCUACAUGGCCGUGCUGGUGCUGGUGGUCUUCGUGGCCUGCUUCACGCCCACCAACGUCAUCCUGCUGGCGCACUACGUCCGCUUCACGCACCGCCACUCGGAGGGCUCGUACGCCGCCUACCUGCUCUCCGCCUGCCUGGGCAGCCUCAGCUGCUGCCUGGACCCGCUCAUCUACUACUUCGGCUCGUCCCAGUGCCGGAAGCAGGUGGCGGCGCUGUUCGGGCGGGCCGGCGACAAGGGGCUGGGUGACGGCUCGCAGACCAGCAGCAGCAGCACACGUACCAGCAGGAUGGCGGCCAUCGAGCAAAGUAUGAGCAGCCAGUACAGGAAGCUGAUGGGAUGAUGGGAUGAGCCAGACUACGUGACAGCAGAGCAGAUGAUUAUUGGACUCAUGGGAGAUCAACUUCUGACUGUCUUCUUAAGACUUGAACUGAGGUGGACAAACCAGUUUAUGAGAGUCAAACUCCUGCCAUACAGUAUGUCCCCUCUGGCUGUGCUCCUAACAUACUCUCUAUGUCCUUAACAACUGUCUCUUUAGAAGAGACAAUAAAGACUCAUCCUGUCCUAUCCCACUUUUUCUUACUUGGUAAUCACCAACCCAGAUGACUCCCUUCAUCAGCUAUAGUAGUGUGAAUGUGGUUAUUGGGAUCAGCUGGUGCGAUGAGUCAGCUGGAGUAAAUAUGUGGCAGGAUGUGUGCUGUCUGAGUGUAUGAUGUCCGUUUUUGCUUGGACUCAGGUCAGUAGACCAUACCGAUACCAGAGCUGAAAGCUAUUCUGGCUUGGGGGAUAAAAUUCUCCAUGCGGCACCAGGCCAUCGAAAGAGCUGAAUGUUUUACAUCUCUGCCUGCCCAACCUACUGUAGGUCAACUUCUGAUUGGACGUCAGCAGGUGUUUGAGUUGGUUUGUUGAGUAAUGUGUGUUUGAACACUGAAUCACAGGCAGAGAUGUAAAUCGUGCAAUGCUUUAGGGGCCUACUUUACGAAAUUAAGGUGUUAUUGGUGAGCUGUAAGACCCAAUUUUACACCCAAUCCUUUAAAAAAAAAAAAAAAGUCUUUAAAUCUAGCUCUUCACACUGGCUGGCACAGUGUUUUUCACUUGAUUUAGAUUCUUGGCACAUUCCCCUGUUGGCUUUAAAAGUGUCAUCAAGCAGCGGUUAUGCUGUCAUCAGCCGAGACACAGUUGAUUAAUACUCUUAGAUGUUUUUUUAUCAGAGAGGUAUGAAGACCUCCUACCUUUAAAUCAUGAGAGCACUUGUCCCCCUGAAGUUAACCAUGAAACAUGCUCUCUUAAAAAUAAGUUUACAUUAGCUGCUUGGCUUAUCAUAUUUGUAUUAAUGUAUUUGCAGACCUGUUUCCAUAUAGUUUGUUAUAUUUUUGGUUUGAUAUUUGGUAACACCUUCUAUAAACUCCCUCUUCAACUGGAUGUGAAUGCUUGUGUUAGUCAAAGAGCUUUAUGAUGCAUCAUAGCCCUUUAUGAAUGUGUGUACAUUAUGAAUUGUGUAUAACACCUUAUAUAAAGAGGAUUUUCAUAGAAAGUGUCACCAGAUACUUUAGGCUGCUUGUUUUGGGUUUAAGCAUAACAGUAUUCUUGUUGGGAAAGGUAUUUGUCCCUUGGAACAGCACAUACAGUACCAUGUCUGAACUGCAGUAAAGGGUUGAGAUGCCGUGUCAACACAACACAAAGCUGACCAUACAUUUAACUUUUGAGAUAAGUCCUAUUUCAUGAAUGCUAUGUAUUAUAUUAUAUAGCGAAGUAUUUCAUAAUCAUUCACAGUAUAUGUCAAGUCUUAAAGCUGCAGGGAUGUUAUUUCUGUGUUAAUGAUGGGUUGAAAAAGCUCGAUAUUUGUUUUCCUAACGAGCUAACAAGACAGGCUGGCCUGCCCACAGCUCAUUACCAUGCAGUCCUAGACAUCUUCAGCUAUUUGCAUGAUGCAAAACACUGUAUAAUAAAUAUUGUUUCGCUGAUGCAUCAUGCAUUUUCA